GCGAGACCUAGUAGUCCUAUAACGCUAUAACUUUUCUCUCUCUGUCUGUGACUCUCACUUCUUCCUCUUUUUUUUUUCUUUUCUCUUUUAAUUUCCGUGCAAAAAUUUUCUUCUUCGAUUUCACUGUUCGCUACGCGCAACCGUCACGGAACAACCCUAGAAACCGCUUCUUCCUCUGCGCUUAACCACCCUAAACGCCGCCGUUUUGCUCUUCCAUUGCAAAACUAGAUAACACCGACAUAGGUUUCAACCUGCCUUCCGAAAACCUCGUCCCCACCAACUGCUGUCUGCUCUCCGUGUUCAAUUCCCAACCCUAGUUCCGAAACUUGGCAUUUUUUCUCCGGUGGGUCUUCUGAUUCCACCGCUUGGAGGGCAAAAAUGUCAUCUUUGAGUAGGGAAUUGGUGUUCCUCAUUCUUCAAUUUCUCGAUGAAGAGAAAUUUAGAGACACUGUGCACAAGUUGGAGCAAGAAUCGGGUUUGUUCUUCAAUGUGAAGCAUUUUGAAGAGAAAGUCCUGGCUGGAGAGUGGGAUGAUGUUGAGAAAUACCUCACUGGGUUUACCAAAGUUGAUGACAAUCGAUACUCCAUGAAAAUUUUCUUUGAGAUUAGGAAGCAGAAGUAUCUUGAAGCCUUGGACAGGAAUGACAAAGUGAGAGCUGUUGAAAUACUGGUGAAUGAUUUGAAAGCUUUUUCAUCGUUUAACGAGGAUUUAUUCAAAGAGAUAACACAUCUUCUAACCCUUAACAAUUUUAGGGAAAAUGAACAGUUAUCAAAGUAUGGUGAUACUAAAUCAGCUCGAAAUAUAAUGCUAAUAGAGCUCAAGAAAUUGAUUGAAGCAAAUCCUCUCUUUCGAGAUAAGCUUAUAUUUCCUACGUUUAAGACAUCAAGGUUGCGAACCUUGAUUAAUCAAAGUUUGAACUGGCAGCAUCAACUGUGCAAGAACCCGAGGUCAAAUCCAGACAUCAAAACUUUAUUUAUUGACCAUUCUUGUUCACCUACAAAUGGAUCUCGUGCAACUACUCCUGUCAACCUUCCUGUAGCAGCUGUUGCAAAGCCUUCAUCUUAUGUUCCACUUGGGGCACAUAUUGGGCCAUUUACACCUGCCCCAGUUGCUUCUAAUGCUAAUGCUUUAGCAGGAUGGAUGAUGAAUGGGAAUCCUUCCACUUCUUCUCAAUUACCUGUAGUCGCUGCUUCCUCAUUGUCUGGUCCCCCAAAUCAAGUCUCUGUUUUGAAGCAUGCAAGAACACCUAAUGCUCUCGGAAUGAUGGAUUAUCAAAACAAUGACCAUGAGCCACUAAUGAAACGGUUGCGAACUGCACAAUCUGUUGAUGAGGUUACAUAUCCUGCUCCACCUCAACAAGCUUCUUGCUUGUUUGAUGACCUUCCAAGAACUGUUGUUUGUACAUUACAUCAGGGAGCAACAGUAACGAGCAUGGAUUUUCAUCCUUCCUUUCACUCCGUUCUUACAGUUGGUUGUGCAAAUGGUGAAAUUUCACUUUGGGAAGUUGGUCAGAGAGAGAGGCUGAUAUCAAAGCCUUUCAAAAUAUGGAAUACUUCUGCUUGUUCUGUCUUAUUUCAGGCUGCAUUUCUUAAAGAGUCAUCUAUAUCUAUCAGUCGUGUAUCAUGGAGUGCAGAUGGGAAUUUUAUUGGGGUUGCUUUUACAAAACAUUUGAUUCAUUUGUAUGCCUAUCAAGCACCUAAUGACCUACAGCAGCGUUUAGAGAUUGAUGCUCAUGUUGGUGGUGUCAAUGACUUGGCAUUUUCUAACCCAAACAAACAGCUAUGCAUUCUAACUUGUGGAGAUGAUAAGUUAAUAAAGGUAUGGGAUUUGACUGGAAAGAAGCUCUUUAACUUUGAAGGUCAUGCAGCACCUGUUUAUUCUAUUUGUCCUCAUCAGAAGGAAAAUAUCCAGUUUAUAUUUUCAACUUCUGUUGAUGGGAAAAUCAAGGCCUGGUUAUAUGAUGACAUGGGCUCCAGGGUUGACUAUGAUGCUCCUGGACAAUGGUGCACCACGAUGCUCUAUAGUGCUGAUGGAAGUAGAUUGUUCUCUUGUGGGACAAGUAAAGAUGGAGAUUCUUUCCUAGUUGAGUGGAAUGAAAGUGAAGGGGCACUAAAAAGAACAUAUUCUGGGUUUAGAAAGAAAUUUUCUGGCAUUGUGCAAUUUGACACAACAAAAGGUCGCUUUUUGGCUGCUGGCGAAGAUAACCAGAUUAAGUUUUGGGAUAUGGAUAAUGUCAAUGUUCUGACUAGUACAGAUGCUGAGGGUGGUCUUCCUAGUCUUCCUCGAUUGAGGUUCAAUAAAGAAGGAAAUCUGCUUGCUGUUUCUACAGCAGAUGGUGGUUUGAAAGUCCUUUCUAAUUCCGAUGGCAUCAAAUACUUGAGGGCCAUGGAAGCCCGGUCUUAUGAAGCAUCUAAAGCACCUUUUGAGACAAAGGUACCUGGCUCUUCGGUGGUUACAAAUAUCAGUCCACUCAUCAAUAAAAUAGAACAUAUGGACCGAAACUCUCCUGCUGGACUGGCAUCUACCCUUAAUGGAGUUGAUUCUAUGCCUAGAGGCAUGGAGAGGAAAAGAAGUUUGGAUGAUGUAUCUGACAAAUCUAAAGCUUGGGAAUUUACAGAAAUAGUUGAUCCUGUUCAGUGUCGAACAGUUACUAUGCCAGAUAGUAUGGAUCCCACCACUAACAAGGUUGCUCGCCUUCUUUAUACAAAUUCUGGGGUUGGUCUUCUUGCUCUUGGAUCGAAAGGGAUUCAGAGGCUGUGGAAAUGGAGCCGAAAUGAACUGAAUCCUAGUGGAAAGGCCACGGCAAGUGUUAUUCCACAACAUUGGCAACCAAAUAGUGGUCUACUCAUGACUAAUGAUGCCCCGGAUAAUUCUGAAGCAGCAGUUCCCUGCAUAGCACUCUCAAAAAAUGAUUCCUAUGUUAUGUCUGCAUGUGGAGGAAAAAUUUCAUUGUUCAACAUGAUGACAUUUAAGGUGAUGGCAACUUUUAUGCCACCUCCCCCUAUUUCAACCUUCCUUGCAUUUCACCCACAAGAUAAUAAUAUCAUUGCAAUUGGAAUGGAAGAUUCAACAAUUCAUAUUUACAAUGUUAGGGUAGAUGAGGUCAAAUCUAAAUUGAAGGGUCACCAAAAGCGCAUUACUGGUUUAGCUUUUUCAGCCCAACUGAAUAUUUUGGUCUCAUCAGGUGCUGAUGCUCAGCUUUUCUUUUGGAGCAUUGACUCAUGGGAUAAGAAGAAAUCACUAUCAAUCCAAAUGCCAGCUGGAAAUGCAGCUGUUGGUGAUACUCGAGUACAAUUCCACAUUGAUCAAGUAAACUUGCUGGUAUGCCAUGAGACGCAGCUAGCAAUAUAUGAUGCUUCAAAAAUGGAAUUGGUUCGGCAGUGGGUGCCACAAGAUGGGUUGUUUGGUUCCAUAUCAUCAGCAACAUAUUCAUGCAAUAGCCAACUAGUUUAUGCUGCUUUCACUGAUGGAAAUAUUGGAGUAUUUGAUGCUGACACCCUCAGACUAAGAUGCCGUAUAGCUUCAUCAGCAUACCUACAUCAGACCACAUUAAACAGCCAAAAUGUAUACCCUAUUGUUGUUACAGCACAUCCACAGGAGCCAAAUCAAUUUGCAAUUGGACUUUCUGAUGGCUCAAUUAAGGUUAUUGAGCCCAGAGAGUGUGAUGGGAGGUGGGGAAUUAAAGCACGUGUUGAUAGUGCGAUGCAGCAGAAUGGUAGGACAGCAUCACCCUCCACCACAAAAUAAUUUGACUCUGAGCACCUCCCGUUAAAGAUGAUAUGAUAUGAUUCAUGUGCAUGGUUCUAGUUUCCUAGUUUUUUUUAGCUUAAUACAAUAAUAUAUAGUAAAACUGUUAUGGAUAAAUGUUUCUUAUUGUGCAACAGUGUUUGGCUGCUCACAAGGAUGUGUAGGUAGAGAAACCUUGUGCAUAUAAAUACAUAAGUAUUAUCUUCUCUUUUAAAACAAGAUAUUAUUAAUUGCUUCAAAUAUCCAAUGGCAUCUCAAGUCUGAAAAGUAUGAAUAAAAUUCAAAGUUGUCAUUUACUAA